AUGUACAAGCUGGUCGUCCUGUCCGCUCUGAUCGCCGCCGCCUCGGCCGGCUACCUGGGAGGCUACGCCGCCCCCGCCGUGGGCUACGCCGCCCCCGCCGUGGGCUACGCCGCCCCCGCCAUCGCGGCCGCCCCCGUGGCUGUGGCGCACGCCGUGGCCCCCGCCGCCGCCUCCGUGGCUAACACCUACAGGAUCUCUCAGACGGCCCGCGUCCUGGCUGCUCCCGCCGCCUACGCCGCUCCCGCCGCCUACGCCGCCCCUGCCAUAGGCUACGCCGCCCCCGCCAUCGCCGCCGCCCCCGCCCUGGGCUACGCCCGCUACGCCGCCGCCGCCCCCGUGGCCGUGGCCCACGCCGCCGUGCCCGCCGCCGCCUCCGUGGCUAACACCUACAGGAUCUCCCAGACGGCCCGCGUCCUCGCCGCCCCCGCUGUCGCCCACGCCCCCGUCGCAUACGCCGCCCCCGCUGCCUACGCCGCCCCCGCUAUCGGCUACGGCUACGGUGGUCUGGCCUACGGAGCUGCCCCCGUUGCCAAGGUCUACGGUUAAGUCAACUAUUUAUUUAUUAGUCUGA